GAGAACGUAGGGGGCAGCUCCGACCGGGCGGCGGAGGGGGGAGGGGAGAGGGAGGAGGAGCCGGUGGGAGGGCGCGCGGAGAGCGGUGUCACCGAGCGCGUGAGGCGGGGGCCGGCGAGCGGCGGCGGGGGGCGGGGGGGCGGCGGAGGAUGGCGGAGCCGCGCCGGGUGCCGUUCAUUAGCCUGUCACCCGUGAGGCGCCGCGAGGGCGAGAGCCCGGCGCUGGAGCGGGAGCCGGGCGACCGCGAGCCGGAGCCGCUGCCCGCGGGCCGCGAGGCGCCGCCGUUGGCGCCGCCGGAGCCGCCGCACGAGCUCUCCCGGCCGGAGCCGCCGCCGCCGCCCCGCGAGAACGCCGCCCGCCUGGAGCCGCCCCGCGAGCCCGGCCGGCCCGAGCAGCCGCAGCGGGAGCCCCCCCGGCCCGAGCCGCCGCCGCUGCCGCCGCCGCAGCUACCGCCGCCACCGCCGCGCCAGGGCAGCCGGCAGGAGCCGUCGCCGCCGCAGGAGGCGCUCCCGCUCCGCCAGACGGUCCGCCUGGAGGUGGUGCUGAAGGACCCCACCGAGGAGGGCUGCGUGGAGUUCAGCUACCCGGAGCUGCUGCUGUGCGGGGACUCGCGGAAGAAGCUGGUUCACUCUGAAGAUCCAUUUAAUGAUGAACAACGUGAGCGUCAUGAAGUAGAAAUGCUAGCCAAGAAGUUCGAGGCAAAAUAUGGUGGAAAGCCCCACAAACAUCGGAAGGAUCGCCUGCAGGAUCUAAUUGAUAUAGGCUAUGGUUAUGAUGAAACAGACCCUUUCAUUGAUAAUUCUGAAGCGUAUGAUGAAUUGGUUCCUGCAUCCCUGACAACCAAAUAUGGAGGGUUUUAUAUCAACACUGGUACACUGCAGUUCCGCCAGGCAUCUGACUCAGAGGAUGAAGACUUUGCAGAAGACAAAAAGCAUAGGCCACCUAAAAUAGCAAAGUUAAAAGAAAGUGAAGAUCGUGGAAUGAAGAAGCGCAAACGGAAAGAUGAAGGGACAGAAAAGGAGAAGAAGCCUCGGAAAAUGAAAGUUCCUAAGCAGUUGGGAGUAAUGGCCUUAAAUUCACACAAGUCUGAAAAGAAGAAAAAAAAAAUGGCUGCCAUGAUCUGUAAAUUUCAAAUGGAGAAGGAAGCCAUGAGGGAGAAGGAAUCUAGUCCAAAACCUCCAGUGACUGUUGCAACCUCUACCCCUAGUAAAAUUCCUUCUUCCUCUCUCAGUGCAGGAAAUGAUAUCUCUGACUUGAAUCUUAGGAUCAAUGACCCUGUCCUCUCCAUUUUUGGUAGCACAAAUGACCGUGAGCUCCUGCAAGAAACUGAAAGUGCCCUGGAGAUACUGGGAGACAUUGACUUUGACAAGUUGCUUGAUGGCACUUCUGAUGGCAGCCCGGUAUCUGAGCUGUCAGGAGAAAAUGGAAAUGUCACUCAGGCAACCUACACCUCUCAGGUCAUGACACCCAAGCAGGUGCCUGCCCUCCCAGAAGGUCUGCCUACGCUUCUUGAAAAGCGCAUUGGAGACCUUCGAACAGCCGCCAAGAUGUUUGAUGAAGAAGGCAGGAAGAAGUUUUUCACGCAAGACAUGAAUAAUAUUCUGCUGGAUAUUGAGCUACAGUUACAGGAGAUAAAUCCUGCCGUCCGCAAUGGAGUAUACUCUCACCUUGAGGCUUUUGUGCCGUGCAAUAAGGACACACUGAUAAAGCGUCUGAAGAAGUUACACCUCAAUGUCCAGGAUGACCGCUUGAGAGAACCACUGCAAAAGCUAAAACUGGCUGUCAGUAACGUCAUGCCUGAACAGUUAUACAAGUACCAAGAGGACUGUCAGGCCCGCAAUCAAGCCAAGAAUGCCAAGUUGCAAGCGGAAGAUGAAAGAGAGAAAAAUGGAUCAGAGGAAGAUGAUGAUGAGAAACCUGGAAAGAGGGUUGUAGGACCCAGAAAGAAGUUUCAUUGGGAUGACACAGUCAGGUCUCUGUUGUGUAAUCUUGUCAAGAUCAAGCUGGGAUGCUAUGAGCUAGAGCCAAAUAGAAGUCAAUCUGCUGAAGAUUACCUCAAAACCUUUAUGGAAACAGAAGUUAAACCACUUUGGCCUAAAGGUUGGAUGCAGGCAAGGAUGCUUUUUAAAGAAAGCCGAAGUGUUCACAAUCACCUCACUUCUGCUCCGGCAAAGAAGAAGGUGAUUCUGGCACCUAAACACAAAGUGAAGGACUCCAGUCCAAAGAAAGAACAGAAAACAUGUAUGUCUUCGGUCAAUUCAAGUUGUGCUACUACUGUACUGAGUUCCAGCACACCUGUCUGCACCCCAGCCAGUUCUAGCUGCACACCAGCUCCAGAGACGAUCUGCUUGGAUGACUCGCUGGAUGAAGAUCUCUCUUUCCACCCACCCUCACUGGACUCUAUUUCUGAUGCUCUGGCUGUUAUCAAUAAUGGUGCCAAGGGAUCACCUCUUGGGUCCACUAUAGAGACACCAACAUCCAGACCUCGCCCGGGGCUGAGGGAGGAGAAACUAGCAAGCAUUAUGAGUAAGUUGCCCCUGGCAACUUCAAAGAAAGUAGAGCCCACUCAGACUCCCCAUUCAUCAAGUCUUAUUGCUGGUCACACAGGGCCAGUACCAAAGAAACCCCAGGACCUAGUUCACACUGGUAUCUCUUCAGGCCUUAUUGCUGGAUCUUCAAUUCAAAAUCCUAAGGUUUCCUUAGAGCCUUUGCCAGCCAAACUACUUCAGCAAGGACUACAGAGGUCAAGCCAGAUCCAAGCUGCUUCCUCUUCUUCACAGACUCAUGUUUCUUCUUCUAAGACCCAAGCAGCUAUUGCCACCUCUUCUCAAAGAACCAAGGAUGCUAAUAUCUUGGUAUCAUCUUCUGAGGCUCAAGGUGGUUCUUCCUCAACAUCACAAGUGACAAAGGUGCACCAGCAUUCAGCUGUACAGCAGAAAUAUGUAUCUCCUUUACAAGCAACUAUUAGUAAAUCACAGAGCAAUCCAGUGGUGAAAUUGAGUAGUAAUCCCAAACUGUCUUGCUCUUCACCAGUCAUCAAGGCUCAAGAUAAGUCUGUAGUAUAUCGCCUGCCUUUGUCUAAUCCCUCAUCUGGAAGUGGAUCUCAAGUGUCUCACCCACUGGUUUCUCGGACAACAUCCAGCACCUCUACCUCUAGUAACUAUUUAGCCAAGGCUAUGGUGUCACAAGUUUCUUCCCAGGGUUUCAAGCCUCCCUUCUCCAUGGCUGCCUCUCCCAAACCUGCUGCCUCUCCUAAGCCCACUGCAUCUAAGCCCUCUGUGACAUCCAAGCCCAAUGCAUCACCUAAAUUUUCAUCCAAGUCCACCUCAUCCCCCAGGCCUGCAACAACACCCAGUUCUUCCAGUUCAAGUGCACUAGUUUCCCAGAGUAGUCACUCCAGCAACAACCCCCUUCAUAAACAGACCAGUGGUGUAAAUAUCAGCAGGCAGUCUCCCACCAUGAAUUUGCUGCCCUCUAAUCGCACCUCAGGCCUUCAGCCUGCAAAGAACCCUCAGGCUUCUUCGAAAUUGCCCAACUCUUCUCCUUCUGGAACUGUUGGUAAAAAUAAUGUGGGUGGAGUUGGAAUGAAUGUACCUGCCAGCAGAGGCAGUAACCUUAACUCAAGUGGAGCUAGUAGGACUAGUCUGUCUGGGGGAGCAGGAAGUGGAACACAGGGUGCUACUAAACAAUUGUCAACUCCACACAGACCAUCAUCUUCCUCAGGGUCUCCAGUUGUAGCAGCCAGUGUGCAGUCAACAGCAGGAGCAUCACUACUGGCUAAUGCGUCACCUCUGACUCUCAUGGCAUCACCCCUGUCUGUAACCAGUCAGAAUGUGACAUCUGCACCAUUAACUCCUUUUGGGAUGCUGGGUGGCCUUGUUCCUGUGACCGUGCCCUUCCAGUUUCCCUUGGAGCUGCUUGGCUUUGGGACGGACACAGCUGGAGUGACAACCACCUCGGGAUCUACCUCAGCGGCUUUCCAUCACAGCCUAACUCAGAACUUACUGAAGGGUUUACAGCCAGGUGCUCAGCACGCAGCAACGCUGUCUCACUCACCUCUGCCUGCUCACCUGCAGCAAGCUUACACAGAUGGAGGCCAAAGUAAAGGGGACACUAAGUUACAGCGGAAAAACCAGUGACUUCUGGACAAGCAAGGGAGCUGAAGCAGUUCUGGUUGGCUGACAGAAUCUGCCCAGUUGGGAAAGUGCUUAUUGUCACAGGGCUGCUGUUUCUGUCGAUGUUUACAUAUUCUGAUCCCAAGCACUGUGGUGAGAGGAAGAAGAAAAAGAAAACAAUACUUGAUUAAAGAGAGAAGGAAAAGGAAGACUGGUCCUCCUGGUCAUGCAGACUUGUCAUAGUUUGAUCUUGCCUAAAGAAACAAGCUUUUUUAUCUGUUCUGAUUGGCUUUUAAAAGAAAUUGAUCGUCAAACCCACAGCAGCACAAACAUCUUUUUUUUUUUCCCUGAGUGAUGUCCAAUGAAGUGUUGAAAGUGUGAGAGGAGCUAGAAUAGAUUUCUCCAUUCUUUGUGUAAGGUGGAAUCAUCCACUUCACUAGUGCCCAAAGUGCCCAGUAGAUGAUUAUGUGUAGGUCCUGAGUGUACUGUAUGGUUGUGGACCAAAGGUUAUGUAGAUGGUGUAGGUGGUGCUGGGAUACUUUGUGUUAUAAUUAAAUCCUUACACAAAUGCAGUUUCUGGUACGGGCAUAUUUCCAGCUUUACAAGGCUGUUUGGCUUUAGGGAGCCCACAUAUGUGUGCAGUCUCAUUAGAGAGUUGUCUUCAAAAACAGAUCUGCUGGUACAAUGAGAUGUGAGAGUCAGACUACUAGGAAAUCCCUUGCUCCUUGUUUGAUUUUUUUUUUUUUUUUUUUAAAUAUAAAGAUUCUUAGUUAAGGGAGGAAGGCGAUGGAAAUAUUUCCAUUUAUGUAAAAAUGAAACCCACAUUUUAUUGCUCGAACUAGCAUUUCUUUCCCACAUCUUUUUUUUUUCUUAAAGGCACACUUUUUCAGUCCUUUCGUUUGUUGAAUUUUCUUUGCCUGUGCUUAUCUGCCACUCAAAUUCAGUAAUGUUCUAUUCAUGUCUUUAAAAUACGAGUUCCUUACUCCUUCAAGAUCUUCCUCAUCUUUCAUCUAACUCCUCCCUAAAGUCAUGCAUUAUACUGAUUUCCUAGUUAAAGAAAGCUGAGUGUGACCUAUUCCAGAGCCAGGUUAAUACUGCUUCAGGCAUUAGCCAAAGAAGAGUCGUUCAAAAGCGACCAGAGGUGCCUUCUCUUCUGGGGGCUGAAUGGGUUGUCUUCAGCAUUUCCAGCCCCUGCUGGCCUGGGGAGUUCCUGACCUGAACUCUUCCUUACAUGGUAGCACAAGACUGCAAAGCUGGCUUUUUUAGGGUUUUGGGGUUUUUUUGGGAUAGCAAUACAUUGACUGGUUCAUUUGUAAGGUUAGGAAAUAUCCAGCACAUGUUGCACUUUCGACACUAGGACAGAACUUUGCUGUUGAGUCCCUUGCGCUGUUAGAUAAAAGGUGAGAAUGGCAGAAACUAAGUAAUAGGGGAAAGGAGCGAAUAAAAUAGUAUAUGCCCUUCUCCUUCAACCCCAAAACAUUCCUUUGAUCAGAGAUGCUGAAAUUCCUUGUAGCUAGUCUUUCCAGUAGUUUGAUUUGAGAUUGAACCAGUGACUACUGGUUAUCUCUCACCUUCCAGAGAGACUUUGACCCAUGGGUAAUGAAUCUUCAAUGGUUUUUGCUAGAUUAACUUAUAGCUUUCAGGUUUCUUUUACAUGUGAUUUAUUUUUCUUAGACAACAAUUUCUUUUCUAUUUAGAGCUCAUUUUAAUUUUAUAUAAAUAUAUAUACAUGAAUUUAAAAUAAUAUAUAUUGUGUAUUUAGUCUAAAAUGUUGGGUUGAGCUCAGCAAUAAACGUUUUUGCACAACACUUCUGUGAAAGACAGAUUGAAUUAAAACAAGAUGCAUUAGUUCAUUAUUUUCCACAGCAUCUGCCAAUUAAAUGCUUUUUAGCUAGUGCUAAUGUUUUGUAUGUGGCGUGUUGAUUAGAUGAGCUUGCAUCUCCAUCAUUGAGGUUAUUUAGAGUUGAAACAUACAGCUGUGCGGACUCUGGCAUUCUUGAUACUGUACGAAUUCUGUCAAAAUACCAUAAACUAUUUAGAAUGCAAGCUUUAUCUGACUUUUUUUUUCUCUUUUCUCCAGGAAGGGUUGAAGGAAGACGUGUUUUGUUUUUUGAGGCCUAACAGUUCUGGCAGGAUGCUGUUACUAUGAACUGUGUCAAACCUGAUAUUUUUUUAACAAUGCAUGUAGCUUAAGGGAGUUGCAGCAGUGAGCUGUCAGACAGCAAUAUAUUUAAAAGACCCUGUCCUAAGAGUUCUACCUCUUCUAUGUUUUCCUCAUCAAGGCAUCUCAUUCAGAUUGCCAUCUUUUGUCUUCAUACUUAAUGGAAUUUCAGAUAGGGAGACUUGGAGCCCUCUAUAACUACAGCACAAAUUUCCUUUCAACAUUCCUCUCUUCCUGGAAGCAUGCCUCAUCUUCAGUGGAGGAGUAUCCUCUCUAAAUCUUAUGGAGGGUAGUAGUCCUUUCACUGUGGCCUACUGAGCUUCUCAGUCUUGGGAAACAACUAAAUUUAUUGUGGAAAAAGGCAGUAGAAUGAUGAAGAGUAAAGAUGACCAUGUGUUGUUUGUGCAGGCAGUUCAAACAGCCCCUCAGAGGGUAACUUUCCAGUCAUUUUGCUCUUGAGCUUCUUUGGAAUUGGUAACACAGCGAUGAAAGGGUCUGUGUUACCUGUUGCCUGUUCUCCCUGCUUAAACCCAGCAAGGCUGAGUCAAGGGAAAUAGUAGGGUGGCUCCCAGAGACCUUUGCAGGCAGCAUAAACGGGAUGGAGAAGUGAAAGAUUUCUGCAACGUCCAAAUGCAAAACUAGGUUAAUGUUUUAGUGUUUUCUGCACAACAGCUCUUCUAAAGACAUUCUCCCCCAAGUUUUUACUACUUUUUAAGGGCCUUUGUUAAUAUAUAAACUGUAGUUGUACAUACUAAAUAACCCUCAGUAUUCACAAGCAAUAAGAAAGCCAAGUAGAGCUGUCUUUUCCAGGCAGCAGGGCUGAACUUGGUUUGGGGACUGUACAUGAGCUAGCAUGUCAAGCUCACUGAAGGCCCCAAACAAAUGCAAGCAAUAAUUUCAAACACAGGUUUUAGAUGUUAAAACCCUCUGGGUAAUAAUUUCUGCUACAUGAUCCAAAGUCCCAAAAGCCGUGGUAGCUAUUUUAAAUCCUUUUGAGACACUUGCAAAGGAAGAAAGCAGGCUAGAUGAAACAGAGGCUGCAAAGUUUCCUGAUACCUUGGACUGUAACUGCAAUGUUCUCCCACUCCAAGAUGCAAAUGGCCUAAAUCACUUUGUGCAGCCUUCUCCAUUGAUUUGAGAUACAUGACUAGUACUGGUCAACUAAGUCACAAGUGUGGAUGCUGUGGGUUUCACAUCUGUUUUCUGCUAAUCAGAAGUAGCUUUUAAUUACCUGGGUUCUGCUUCUUGUUUGAAUCCAAUCAAAGUUGUCUGAUGCACAGAUUUGGGGGUGGGACAGGUGCCAAGAGCCUGUUUUCCUUCCCGCAGUCCUAUCACCUGACCCUUCCUCCACACUCCUCCUCCACUUGGUGCAAGACCCUUGAGGACAUGAAAACAGAGAAAUCCUGCAACUCUCCCAAGCUGCCAUCAGUUGUGUGAACCAUUAACCCUCUAGGAGUCAUCUUGGACUCCAGCUAACUAACUUUAUCACAUUUGCUGCUACAUUCGUAAAAUGAACUUUCGGCUGUAUUUAUUAGCAAAUUUUAAUCUAGUUUACAGUUUGGUUUUCUUUUGAGUAGUUUUUGCCCACAGAUGGACUAGAAGUGUUGGGGUGUUUGGUGGUUUUUUUUAAUAAUUUUUUUGAGUGAACUGUUGAAGGCACAGUGGUCCCUCUGUCUUCGUUUUGGAUUUUUUUUCAAAGAUGCAUUGCAGGAACACCUGCAGCCAAGCCAAGCUGUGGAAGGCUUCCUCCCACACCUGACUUCCAUCUUUUACUGAACUGAGGGGGGAUCACUAAAGGGACACUUGCUUUUCGUUUGGGUUUAGUUUUGUUGGGUUUUUUUGUUUUGUGUUGUUUCUUUUUUCCAUAAAAGGAACCAGAAGGUGAAAGCAGUAGGUAAAUGACUGAUUAAUUAACAUUUUAUGCAAUUUUAAUUUUAUAUAAAUUUUUAAAAGGUUGGUAGAUUUUGGCUGGUGAAAUGGCUGUUACCCUCCAUUACUUGAUUCAGGCCUUUGUCCUUUGUUUAAGUGCCUUUUUUUUUUUUAUUUUUAUUUUCCUACCCUCUUUAAACUGUUCUCAGAGAUCUUGAAGUGCUGGAGGGCGAUUUGGAGGGAAAUCUUAAGCUUGCCAAGAUGGCUUUAUGCUGUUACACUAUUUUUUUUUUCCUUUUUGUAAAGAAAAACAAGUGUGUAACGUGUGUAACUUCAUAGCUGCUGUACCAUGGCGUUCGUUCUGUGUGCUUGUGCUUUCUUUCUCUCUCACGCUCAUACACAUUCGCACGUACACACACAUAUUCCUGAGACUAUUCCUGAGAAUCCCCUUCAUCCUUCUGCACUCUGCUGGCUCUGUUAAACACUUUACUUAAAGGUGAACGUUUGUGCGAAGAUGGCAGUACAAUAAAGUGUGUGAGUGUGCAUAAAUGUGCAUGAGAGAAAGGAAGUGGCUAAUGGGAAUGAAACUUCUUGCAUUUUUCUCUGAAGGUUUUAAAUUUGGGUCUAAAUUAGGCCAUGAGUAAAACAUUAUGGGCCCUGUCUGGUAUCCUCAUUAAAUACUGGACCACUUCACACUGUUACUGAGUCUGAGGCAAAAACGUGCGACAGACAACCGCAAGGAGGUGGAAGGGAAAGAAGGUUAAAAUAGCAGUUUGCAACAAGUUUGAGAUGAAUUGCAAGGAGUCUUGUGUGCAGCUCAUCACAUCUGCUUGACAUCAGUUAUUGCAAGGAUUAUCACAUUUACCCAAGUUGGCGCUUUCUACCAUGCAUCACAUGUAAGGAGGAAUUUGGUAAAACCUGCAAGAGUGCAGCUGCUAAUUGAAGUUAAACCUGGCUAUGCUUCACAAGCUGCCUAAAUCUCACCAUGAAGUACUUUUAUAGUUGUACUUUUUCUCAAUUUGUGAUAUCAUUAAUGGUUUUUCUUUUAAUAUAAUGAACAGUAAGUUCAUGUGGUGGUAGCUGCAAGUGAACCCUCAUAAUAGCGUCUGUGCUUGUUUCCUUGUUCUCUGACAAAAUUAACUAUCUGUAAUAGAUCAUCCAGUGAUUUUGACAUUUCUGUGCUGAGGAUCUAAUUUAGGGUUAUUAUAAACAUGCAUACCUGAAUUAACAAUUCACUUGUUGACCGAGUGCUAAACUUACGGUAACAUACGUAUGCAUUACUAGACUGUGCUAGAUCUGCGAUGUGCUUCCUGUGGGGAAGAUCUAAUUUUGUGUUGCAAUAUGAACAGGAAAUAUUUACCUUCUCUUCUCAGAACCCAGAAUGGGAAUGGAAUGGAAUGGAGAGUCCUUCACAGUUAGAUGCAGAGCAAAUCUAGAGAGCAGAAAAUAAGAUAUCCGAUAGAAUAUUCUCUGCCACAUGAACAUGUUUAACUGCUAUUUCAGUUUUUACCUUAUCUUCACACAUUUGAGUUGAACCUCUUUAUGUAAACUAGGCUACAGGCAGAUUUCUUCUACUCAGCUAAUGGUUCCAGUCAAAGAUAAGAUUGUUGCUGGUACCUCGGCCAGCUGGAGAGAUAGGGAGGCUGCUGCUUAAUCUGCCUAAGGUGCCUCAGUGAGGCUGCUUUAGUGGAGUUUGCCACAUCCACCUCAGCAGUAAACUGAGCUAACCUGGCUCUUCUGUUGCUGUUUAAUCCAAGGCUGAUCUGUGAGUUAGGGAAUCUACAGCUGGUGAUGAUGGUUGUGUCUGUCUACUGCUUAAGAAAUCACUGCCAAAUAAGCAACCAGAAGUAUGCUGACUGGGUCACUGGAGAGAAAACUGUUGUGUAGGGGAAUGCUUUGUUUGUGGAAAUUUCUGGUGUGGCUUCAUCAUCCUUUUUCUAUGACCUGGUGAUCCCUUGCUGCUGUAAUGGCCUUUUGGGGCUAUAGAAAGCCCUGCUGCUGCUGCUAUGAGUUAUGCUGAGAGAUCAGCAUGGCCUGGAACUGGCCCAAAACCGGGGAAGUACAAAGAUUCCCUACAGCUGUUUUUGCACACUCCUUAUAAAUAAAACUGUGUUAAUCUUGCCACUAGUCAAGGAUAUAGGUCUGUAUUUUGUAGCCAUUUUUGACAGCUAUAAUUCUACAGCGCAACUCUGGAAAAAAAAGUACCAUGUUUUGUAUGUAGAAGUGAAUUUCAGUCUUUUCCCUUGCUGUCAUCUCCUGCUUACAUAAUAACUAUGAACUAGUAAGUUUUUCUUUAUGAUGAAGUAAUCCAAAGCAAGCAGUGUACAUUAUGUUUGACUCAUAUCAUGCUCAAUACUAUGUGGUUUGAGUUUUUUUUCCUGUGCCCAGCAGUGUGUUCAGGUAUAUUUUAUCAACAGAUACUUUUGUUACUGUCCAGUACUAAGACAAAAAGACGGGGAGAGAGUCGACCAAAACCAGUCAGGAGAUGCCACCAUCAUAGGCCAAACCAAGUAGCUGCUGCAGCAGCCAGAGCUUGAGAGUUACCAGAUUUCACCAGUGGAGUUGGGGGCUGGGGGAAGAAACUUUGUGUUCUCAGCUUUUUCCAGAUAAGGCCUUAGUUUGAUUAGUAGUCACUAAUAUCAACUAUGCAGUGAAGUAUUCUUUACAUGUUUCAGUGUUACAUGCAUUGCUUCCCCCAGCUGCCCCUCUUAACACAUGUUGAAGUUCUACCCAAAGAAAAUUGAAUGCUUUUCUGAAUGUCUGUACUGCGGAAGUCUCUUUUGGUAACGUGAAGAAAGAAAUUAGUAUUUUAAAAAAGAAACCCUUCCACUGGUGGAACACCUCGUGUCAAGUGUCAUGAUGUUGCUAACAUCACCUCUUGUGAUGGGUUUUAGUCUGAGAGCUUUUUAGAAUAUUCAGCUCUCAAAAUUUGUUUAAGAAGCCACAGUGAUACUGAUUUUUACUGUACAGAUUGGUAGUGGAGAGAAAAUGAUGAGACAUCCUGGGUUUAUCUCCAGUAUCAGAAGUAAAUUAAAUCCAUUUCUCACUUGAAUGAAGUUGCUUCUAAACAAAGGGAGGUAUCAGCUGCGUGGUAGCUGGACCUUUAAAUAAAAGCUAAAUUGUAAUCCCCAGGUAUUUCUCACUGUUCUUUUAGUCUUGUUGUAUGUAACUACAAAUAACAGUUUAGCUCAGAGGUGAGAACUAUAGUGUGUUUUCUUGCUGGUGAUUCCAUCAUGUAGCAAUUAGUACCAUGUUCUUGCAUUGUUCUCAAGAUCUGUACUGGAAAUAGAUGGAGAAAUUUUAUUUUUUAACUACUGUUUAAAAAAAAAAAUUACAAAAUUAACUACUACUUUUUAUCCCCAAAAGUCUACUGAGCAGCAUUAUAUUCUAGCAGUUAAACUAGUACCCUUGUCAUGUGAUUUGUCUCUUGUAGUCUUCUUUUUACUGAGAGAAGCAUUUCAUGAGUAAUCCUUAAAAUGUUGGCAUUCUCUAGCUUAAUGUCAAGUGCUUAUAAUAAAAGUGCAUCUGUGAUAACUUCUGAUGGUACAAAAGCACUAUGUUCAGAAUAUUUCCUUGAGAGAAAAAAACAAACAACCAGAUAUGGGUGCAAGCCCCUUUAGUUCUGCCUGACAAAGGCUCAGUCAAGAACAGAGCUUCCAAAUUCCUGCCUGCACAGCUAAUGGUAGCUGGGAUCAUCCCCUCAACAGAGGUUUGGUCUCUGUAUCCUUUGUUUGGUGUCACUUAGUAUUUAUUUAUGUUUUAGCAAGUUUGGAUAUAGCCAGCUUUGCUCUACCUGACCUGCCAUGAUCCCCAAGACAAUGCAAGGCUGAGAAACAGAUGGAGAAAGUGUUCUCCUGCCUUUCAGUGCAUAGCUCAGAACAAACAGCUGGCCAAGUGUUUUGUUAGAAACCAACUUAAAUCACAGCUAAAAUUCUCAGCAUUCCUCCGUUUCAAACAAAGGAAUGAACAAUUACUACGAGAUGGCAAACCUGCUUGAGCUGGUGAUUCCUGCGUUGCUUUGUUCAGUCCAGCAUGAAUUUGUACAAGGUCACCUUCCUCCUUUUAAUAUUUGCCUAUUUUGGAUCAUAGGGCUUAGUGAUGGAGAGAGGAUCCCCACAGCCAUGUGCUUACCUGAUGAGCUCUCCAGAGAAACUUCCCUGUGAAAUGCUCCCCUCUUGUGACAACAAGCCUGAACAACAAAAUGCAGCUACAUGUGGGUGACUAGCAUCACUUUCAUUUGGAUUUUUAGGGAGGUGUGUUUCAGAAACUUCAAGGGAUGCUGUAUUUUACAUGUGUGAUUUCUUUAUGCUCUCCUUAUAAAAGUGGACCUGAAUGCAGUUUUGAGUUGGUUGGUUGUUUUUUUUGUUGUUUGGUUUUGGUUUGUGUGGGUUUUUGUUUUGGUUUGGUUUUUUUGUAAUAAUCUCAGGACCUGAAAGAUUGUAGCAUUUAGUGUGUCUUAAAAAUGAUGUACUGUACCAGCCAUGGAUUUUGUAAAUACACCUGUCUCCCUUUUUUUGUAUUUUGAUUUUUUAAAAAUGUGUAAGGCUCUUUGCCAGAGGAACUGGUGCCUGCUUAAUUUCCAUUCUGAACUGAAGCAGGAAGAGGAAGAAGCUGCUGCCACAAAAGCCUGCGUCAGUUCCAAGCAUGUAUAUUGUUCUGGUCAGUUUUAAUGGCUGUUAAGUCUUUUGUUCGUUGGGAAGCAGUUUGUUCCCCUGCACAUUCCCAGUUGUGGCUUAGCAGAGCCCUAUCAGGGAGACUAAUUUUAACUCUCUUCUGUGUAACUACUUGAUGUCUUCACUCCUACCAGAUACUCAGGUUUGCCAUCCCUGAGAAGCCUGAUGUUGUCCGAGGUCAGGACUAUUGGGCUUCUGCAAGAGCAGUUGGAUACAGUUUCUGAUUUUAUCAGUGCUUUGGUCCGAACAAAGUAAUGGGGUUGGUAUCCUGCAAAGCUUGCAGAUGAUGCCAUUUGCGCCUCUUCGGAGAGGAACUUGUUUUAUUUCUGCUUUCCUGAGAGGAGUGCAAAGAUUUUGUUGUUGUUGUUGUUUUGUUUUUUGUUUUGGCAGCAGACUCUGGGAUCCAGCCUUGCUGGCAGACUCCUGUUCUGCAGUAGGAGCCUUAUACUCGGUUCGGCGUAGCUGUUCCCUGUCCCUGGCGGUGACAGGCUUUUUUCAUGAGUGUACUUUUCUUUUCUAAUGUGUUGUGUGUCUGUGCUGUAUUAAAUAAAGAGGAAUGUACAUAUUA